AUGGAGUCGAAGGACCGAGGGUUGUUCGAUUUCAUGGGGAAGAAAAAAGAGAAGAAGCCCCAAGAAGAGCCGCUCGUAACUGAGUUUGACAAGGUUAAGAUUAAAGAAUCAAAGCCAGAGAAAGAGGGAGAGGAAAAGAAGCAUGGUCUCCUGGAGAAGCUUCACCGAUCAGAUAGCAGCUCUAGUGAAGAGUACACAACAUCAUUGUUUAUUUCCUCAUCGGAGCUUAACCGGAACUUCAUGAUGCUAAGCCCCAAACAUCUCUUGUUUAGCUUCUUGUCCCUUACUUUAUCUCUAUCCCCAGAUGUUUCCGAUGCUAGACCAGGCAGAAGCAACCACUGCGGCCCUUCUUUGUGUGGAAACGUUGAAAUCAGUUGGCCUUUUCGACUGAAAGAUCAGCCUCACAAGUGCGGUGACAAAAGGUUUGAACUUGAGUGCAAGGGAAACCGCGCGGUCAGUUUUCGCAUGAAAUAUGGGAAUUUUUAUGUCCUAGACAUCUCUUAUGUUAACCAAACGAUUCGACUCGUGGAUGCGAGCCUGAUCGACGGUAACUGCUCAAUUCCUCGCAGUUCCAUUCCUAACUACAACAGCAAUGAUGAAGAUACAGUAAUUUUGUAUUCAGCUUACACCAUGUAUGUGGUAAAUUGCACGACAAAGAUGAACUCUUCCGUUUACGUGAUGCUUCUCGUUGCCAAACCAUUAGCUCUUCCUCUCUCCAUGGACCUACUUCUACUUACCGGGAGAUUAUUCAAACAUGUCAAAUUUCCAUCGCUCGUGCAGAUUUGUAGCCCAGUUCCCGUUCAUGCUUUCCAAUAUCAGUGGCUUAUCCACUUCUGAUAUUUACGGGAACCUCUUGAAAGGCGUUGACGUGGGGUGG